AGUAAUUCAUUCAGAAACGUCUCACCUGAGGAAGCGGCGACCGGAAUCAGAGUAAGCAUCCAAGAACAUUAUGAACCGGACAACUCCUAUAUAGAGAUCGCCCAAACAGAGACAGUCAUCGGCCAAACAAAUGUCACAUUUCAGCAUAGGUGCUCGUUGAAUUAUCGAUUUGAUAAGUUGGAGCGAUUGAAAUUCUCAGUAUAUUGCGUGAAAGAUGACAAUGGCUCUUUUCUUCAUCGAAUAGGCGAAGUUUAUACGGAUGUAGCCACGGUGUUAGCCAAUAAAGGAGUACUUUCGCUCCCACUGUCUCCCUCUGCUGCCAUAGACGUCUUUAUUACUGUUCCUGAUUUCUAUGCACAUCAUGUCAAGCUGAAAUUCCGAGGGAAUCAUCUACAAGUGCGCGAACAUCUACCAUUGGCGGCUUACAUGAUUCUGGUCCUAAGGAUUGAGAAACGGACAAUACUAUUGUAUAAAAGUGAGGUCGUGAAGGAGAAGAAUCCUAACUGGAGGGAAUUCUCUGUUCCUGUCUACGUUAUCCAGUUUUAUACGCAAGGAGCUCUUCAGAUACACGUUUAUAAUCAAAAUGUGAACGCAGCGGACACUCUGAUAGGUUUUUGUAGCACAUCAAUGGCACAGCUGGAACGAGGCGUCGGAGCUCUUAACUCGUAUAUGCUGAUGAACUUCGAUGGGAAGCGGAUCCACGAGAAAAUGAGCAUUGAGCUCGAGUCUAUGGAAUUGGGCCGUGGAGAGGCAUUUUUCGAUGCUAUCAAAAACAGCACUCAUCUUCACCUCACUACAGCGAUAGAUAUGACAGCAUCAAAUGGAAAUCCUAACCAACCCGAUUCGUUGCAUUUUAUUCAUCCACACGCUGCAAGUCCCUACGUGGCUGCAAUGCUUCGGCUUACACCGCUAUUCCUUGGUUACAUGGCUCACUCAAGAAUAGGUGCACUGGGAUUUGGCGCACGAACAGAGCCUCGAUUUGAGUUAUCUCAGUGUUUUUCCUUGUUUGCCAAAGAACUGAAUCGAGACGCACGGGCUUGUACUUUGUCCCUGUUGAUCCUUACCGAUGGAGGUCUCACAAACCCACGCCGCACUAUUGAAGCCAUCGUAGAUUGUUCUCCUCAUCCGAUGAGCAUAAUUGCCGUUGGAAUUGGGAAGAACUUCCAAUUCGUUCCAUUCGAUGAACUGGACAGUGAUGAUGCAGUGGCACUGAUUCCUCUCCAAAUUGCGCAAUGGCGGAAUUUGGUUUCGGAGAAGCCGUAA